AGUAGCAAGACGCAGCCACCGUCUCCUGCCCUCUUGUCUCAGCUUCAGCUCCGGAGCCACGAGCUCUCACCUUGGCAAUGGCGAGCAAGCACCAGCUGGGGCAGCAGGAGGCGAUGCAGGAGGAGGACUACAUCGACAUGGACCUGACGAGCGCCGCCGCGGCGACGGCGCCGGGUGAGUUCGAGUUCGACUUCCACAUGUCGGGGCCGCUGGGCGGCGGCGGCGCCCGGUGGGAGCAGGAGCCGCUGGCGUCGCCGGCGGACGAGCUGUUCUACAAGGGGAAGCUGCUGCCGCUGCACCUGCCGCCGCGGAUACAGAUGGUGGAGGAGCUGCUCGACGGGCGCGUCGUCGUCGGCGGCGCCGGGCGGCGGCAGCUCGCCAUAAGCACGGCGCCGGCGACGCCGUACGACUCGUGCACCGCGUCGCCGGCGAACUCGUGCUACGCCAGCGGGGAGCUCAACGUGGAGGAGUACUUCCAGGAGUACGCGGCCAGGCUCGCCGACGCCGCCGCGGCGGCGUGCGAGAAGAAGCCGUGGUCGCGGAAGCUCAGGUUCAUGAGGCAGCUCAACCUCGGCCUCAAGCUCAAGGCCUCCAAGGCCUACAUCAAGACGAUCUUCGCCGCCAAACCGGCGAGCUCCGGCGACGACGACGACAAGGACGCCAUUCUUGGCGCGACGAGAGAAACCAAAGAACUCUCCCAUGGUGGCCACCACCACCACAGAGCAUGGAGGAGGAACCCGUUCGGCCAGAUGAGAAGCAACAGGUGCAUCGCCUCCUCACAGAGCGGCGGCGGCCGUGGUUCGGUCGGAGGAGGGAAGCACAAAGAGCGCGACCACGGCGGCCACAGGAGGUCCUUCUCCAGCGUCAUCGUCCGGUACUCGACGUCGAACAAGACGUCCCCUGCGCCGCAGUCGUCGUCGUGCUCCUCCUCCUCGUCGGUGCGGACGUCGAGCGAGUCCGACGGCGGCGCGGCGGCGCCGGCGCUGCGGAGGAGCAGCAGCGCGAGCUCGGAGGUGGAGAACCCGAUCCAGGGGCUGAUCGCCUACUGCAAGAGGUCGCAGCAGCUGGCGUCGGUGAGGAAGAGCGCCAGCGACGCCGGCUUCCGGUUCCUCUCGUCGGCGGCGUCCAAGAUCGCCGCCGCGGAAUCCGACGGCCCGGAAGAGCUCGUCGAGAUUUGCAGAGGUUGAUGACGACAGCGAGCGUGAGUGUGAUAAAUGUACUUACAAUGGCGCGAUGGAUUUCUGAAAGUUUUGUAAAACUGAACAAAAAAAAACGUGUGUUGCUGAAACACCCAUGAUGAGUUUGUUCGAUCAAAUGAAUGGCCUCUAAACUUUUUCAUCAUACUAGAUCAUAUUCAGAAUUCAGCAA